GCAGCCGCUCUGGGCGGCUCAGGGAGCGCCGCUGCCGCCGCUGCCCGGCUCCCCUUCAGCCCUCCUCAUCCAAGAACGCCGUGCUCGGGGCCCUCCGGUCACGCCUGCCCCCAGCCGUGAGGCUUCUGCCCGCUUCCCCUCGCCCUCCGGCGGCCUCGGGGCGGGAGGGCCCUCGCUGGCCCGGCCGCAGCGCGGAGGGCCCGAGGCGCGGCUCUGCGAGCGCGGCCCGGCCCGCGGCAGCCGUGCCGCGAUUUCACUGUCCCCGUGUUUCCGCUGCCCCCUGCCCCGAGCUCUGGCUGCUCUUGGGUGGCAUUUCCCCUCAGGGGGUGGCGCGGCAGCCGUGGCCAGGCCGCGGGGUGCUCCGGGUUUGGCCCACGCCGCUCUCCUGGCUCGCACCGUGCCCUGUGUCACUCUUGGGCGCUUCACUGCCAAGGGAGUGGUUUGUGAAAUAACGCGCGAAUAUUGCCUGGAGGAAAAGGGGAAAGAAAGGAGGCCGGGAGGAGGAGGAGAACCCCCUCACCUGCUGAGCAGGGCAGCUGCAGUCUGGGGCUGACAAACCAUGAAGGAAGAAUAAGGGAGUCCUGAAGCAGCAACAGACUCUUUGCUCCUGGGCUUUGUCCAAAGGGACUGUUUGCACAUCAGUGCUCUCUCUUACCAGUGGGACCAUGGAAGAAGAGGAGACGUCACCGAGUCACACCUCAGAGAGCAGCAUGGACCUUCCCUCUGUUUGUGACCUAGCAGAGCACUUUCUGCCCCCACACAGCUCUGAAAACAGCCAGGAGCUUUAUCCUUCUGGGGAUGUUUUUCCCUCUCCACCCACAGGAGAGAGCAAUCCAUCAUCUGUGGCUCCUGCGGGCUGUUCUGCUGAAGGCUCUGAGGAAGCAAACGUGAGCUGUUACCCAAAAGCAGGGCUGUGUGAGCCCUCUGAACCUAAUGAUGCUGUGCUCUCAUGGAUGUGUGAACGUGAUGGUGCAGAAGAUCCCAGCAUCAGGGACUCUCUGGAUGGUUUCUACAAAACGUAUUGCAGAAAGCAGCCAGAGAGAAAGGAUCCGACCUACGAGGCUGCCUCACAGUGUCUGUCACAAAAGAUUUCAGAGCUGGAGCAAAAGGACGGAACAAAAUAUGUGUCACGUUGUCUGCAAAUGGCACAGUUGGUCUUGAACAGAGAUGGAUGUAAUAUCUUUCCAAACCACCCCCCUUCUGCUUGCUUUUCAAAGCCAGCUGAAGGAGAAGUCUUGUUGGAAAACAGGAGGAGGACACCUGGGCUCUCAGAUGACAUCCUGCAGUUCCUCUUAAAACAAACACAGGCAGAACGUAGCCCUGAUGUGUCACAUGAGAAGUGAGCAAGACACUGCUUUGUUUCUGUCAUGGAAGCUUUGCUUUCACCCCAGAAAGAGGUGACUUUGCCAGACAGACAUUGUUCUCCAAGCACCACCUUCAGCACCAGAUGCUCCAUGGAGGGGUUCACCCACACCAGACCUUGCACCUUGCUCUCUGAAGGGCAGCACUGCAUAAGGAGCAUCUGUGUAACUGCUUGGGCUGUGCUGACUGAUUGGGAGGGGUCAUGCAGUGUUUGUUGCUGGGACAUCAAACAUGACCUACCAGGCUUUUGAAUUGGCCUGCAUCCUUACCUCAGGUUAACAGUGGUCCAGCCCAAAUUCAGCCCCUGGGUGGGCAUUGCUGUCCAAUGCUGGUGGCUAGAACAGAAUGUUUGAAUGACCUUGGCAUGGUGUGCCCCAGCCCUGCAGAGGGAAAGUUAAGAUUUUGUUCUGCACGUUUGCCUCCAUGAGGUGCCUGUUAGCGCUGUGUUUUUCCUUCAGACAUGUAGCUCCACAGUUCAUGACUGCAAUGCCAGAUGCUGGGACUAGGGAGGGAAAAUCUUGUAAUGAAAGAACAACUCAUAGAAAAUUUCACCUUCAGUAGAAGCCAAACGAACUUUCAUUUGCAUUGGAAGGAGGAGAUGUGCCUGUUGGUUCCCAUCAGUAUCAUCUUUCCCAUGGAGACAUUUACCAGUGGAAUUGCAGGAGCUAACUUGCAUUUCCUGCCUGGAGCAAACAAUGCCAGCGAGUUGCUACUAGGGAAGGACCUAGGAAGUGGCACUUCAUGCUGACUGCAGCAUAGAAAAAUUGCCUCUAGGCUCCAAAGUAUGCUGUUUAUUUGUUUGUUUGUUU